GGAGAUGGAAAUGGGCUCUUCACACCCAGGAAUCACAGAGACAGUGCUUUGGGUGUUUAUGGAGCUCCCAAGUUCUUUCUGUUCUAGGUAGGGAGCUGCUUAAGGAGUUAGCUCUGCUCAGGUGUGGCCUUCCUCAAGCAUCUGUCACCCCAUUACAACCCCAAGGUGCACUCUUCUUCUUACAGCAAUCCAGUACUCCCCUAGAUAGACUUUAGAAUGGUGUGCAGUCAGUGACCUCUUCCUUGCUAUUCUUGAAGACAGCUUUUUCUUUUUCUUUUAAGGCUAGGACAUUGAAUAGUGGAGCAUUAUACAUGCAUGACAACGUGGUUAUUAGGUAGCUGGUUCCUGGUUUCUUUUUGAGGUAGAAAGGCCCCUGGGGCUUUUAUUUUGAGACUUAGAAGCUUCAGAUCUGCCCCCCUUCUUUGGAUAUAGCUCUAAAAGCCACCCAAGUUCAGACAACAGUCUUCAGUCCUCAGGUGGAUCACUUACUCCACUCCAGGCAGAUAGCUUGGGUGGGUCUUUUCCUCAUAGUAAAACUUUGCAGCCUGGUAGAUUAUCAACCUGGGAGGGGGAGCAGAUUGUGUCUGUCCUGAUCAACCGACUGGGUGAGGCUUUUGCAAGUCUUUCUGCCCCUGCCCUUUCUUGGUGCACCCUGACCCCUUCAUAGCCCUGGAGUCAGUUCAGCUUAACUGUCUAGCAAGAAAGAAUUUUUCAUCUCACAUUCAAGGCCCUUUCAAACUAUUUUGUCACCGUAAGCGUGCUUAAAGAGGGAAAGCACACCUAUUCUCCUUAAACCAGAAUUCUUACUUACACCUUUCUGCAUUAUUUGGAAGGCAUCUCCAAGUGCUUGUGCAUGAUUCAUUUUGUCAUGAUAGUCUUGGAAUAGUGAACUGUAUAUUGUUCUUCCUUUGGGCUACACAGUGGACUGUAAGGGACUUUGGAAUAUUUCACUUUAGUUUAGAUUCAGCCCAAGUCAGCUGAAGACUUCCUAUGUGAGGGAUAAGCAGUCUUCUUGAAUGAUCUUCUGACCUUCAGCUAUACCCUAAGCUCUUCCUGGAGAAGGUACAGUUCUGCAUUUUCUGAUUUGGAACCAUUCCCUGAUGAUGAGCUCAUCCAUUUCUUGUAUGAGACAAGUCAGGCAGGAAAUUUUAUCUCAUUUGCCAAGGAUUGUCUGAGUAUUUUGCUCUAUCAUGCAUAGCCUUGUUUUUUUAUAAUAAUAAAUUUUACAACAUUUUACAGUUUCUGCAUAAUUCAUUUCAUCUGCUUUGGCUACCUUUAUGAGAGGCUUAGGAGGGUUAUUAGACUAGGGUUGAGGACUCCUCUGUCAAAACUGUCAGGCUCAAAGUUCUUCCCUUCUCCCAGGGUUCUUAAUGAAUGUAUGAGUCAUAAAAAUCUGUUGUAAGCUCUGGGCCCUCCCUCACUUCCCACCCCCUUGGAGAUCCUCAGCUUCAAGUGCCCCACAGCCUGGAAGCUGCCUCUCAACAAAGGCUGGUAGACUCAUUUUUUGUCCAGUAGUAAUAUUUCUAAGAAAUUAGUAUGAGAACUCUAGAACUGAGGGGUAGAUUUUUGAAACCUGGUAGAGAAAGGAAGUAGAAUGGUAACAGUGUUAUCUGGAGAUCCAUACUCCACACCUGAUGUUCUGGGAGAGCAGCUGAAAAAGACUUGUCUUUCUUCAAGUUGUUCUGCAUGUUGGAAUGACAGAAAGCAUGCUCUGAAUUGCCAUCGGAUGAAGCCAGCUCUCUUCAGUGUGCUCUGUGAGAUCAAGGAAAAGACAGUGUUAGGCAUCCAUGGCAUUCAAGAAGAAGGUCCCUCCAAUGCUCAGCUCAUGAGGUUGGAUAACAUGCUGCUGGCUGAGGGUGUAUCCAGGCCGGAGAGGCGAGGAAGAGGAGGAUCGGCGGCAGCGGCCAACACAGCAACACCAGGUGGCUGUCCAAAUGACAAUAGCCUUGAGCACUCUGACUACAGGGCCAAGCUGUCCCAGAUCCGACAGAUUUACCACUCUGAGCUAGAGAAAUAUGAACAGGCUUGCCGUGAGUUUACCACACAUGUCACCAACCUUCUCCAGGAGCAAAGCAGGAUGAGGCCCGUCUCACCCAAGGAGAUUGAGCGCAUGGUCGGUGUCAUCCACGGCAAGUUCAAUGCCAUCCAGAUGCAGCUGAAGCAGAGCACCUGCGAGGCUGUGAUGACCCUGCGUUCACGGUUCCUCGAUGCCAGGCGCAAGCGGCGGAACUUCAGCAAGCAGGCCACGGAAGUGCUGAAUGAGUAUUUUUACUCCCAUCUGAGCAACCCUUAUCCCAGUGAAGAAGCCAAAGAAGAGCUGGCCAGGAAGGGCGGCAUCACAGUCUCCCAGGUCUCCAACUGGUUCGGCAACAAAAGAAUUCGGUAUAAAAAGAACAUGGGGAAGUUUCAAGAAGAGGCUACCAUUUAUACUACUAAAAUGGCAGUCGACACCACCAAAGUCGGGGGCCUGAGGAGCCAGGCUAGCUGUCCAUCAACACCCAGCUCUGGUUCCUCUGAUCCCUUCCCACUGACCAGUGCCGGGGAUGCACUUAUCACCCUACAGACACUGGCCUCUCUCCGCCGUACUCCUGCAGGAGGCAGCUUGCGGUCCCAGGCCAAGAGUGGCUGGCAGGGAGCCGCGCCCCCGGCGUCCACCGCUUCGCCCGCUGGAGACCCCGGCAGCGUCCACUCAGACGCAUCUAAUUAAGGUUUGGAGUCGACCAGAAAAGCGGACCGGGUGGCCUGCAGUGGUUUGCAGGCACCCGAGUCUUUGCUGCGCGUGCAGCUGAUUACCUCAAAGACCCAGAACCGCAGCAGGUGGCAGGCGCCAUCCAUUGCUUGCCAGCUGGGAUCUGAAAUGGGCUGAGAUGCUGCUCAUUUUCUCAAUUCAGUUCAUUUUUUUAAUAGUAAUUUUAUGAUAAGACUGUGAAUUGUUUCUUCUAGGACUUGU